AUGAGUGGGGACGGAAGACGUGUGGUAUCUGGAUCGCGGGACAAGAGCGUGCGGGUGUGGGACGUGGAGAGAGGGAUCACACUUCAUACCGGGGGGGUAGAGGAUUGGGAAGAAAUCACGAGUCGGUUCCUGAAGACGGCAGACUUCGGUACUGCUUCUCGAGCAGGGCGAACACCACAACUAUUUUCAUGGGACAAAGGAAUUGUGCAGAGGCGCGAGGAUGGGUCUGAGGCCGUCUUGGCCCAUUUGGACGAUCCAAUAGACUUGCAGAUAGACCACGAUCACGGGGUCGCAGUUGCAGGGUCGGGCAAUCUGGUUGCUAUCAUGAAGCUAGUGGUGUAA